UAUGUAUUAGGCUGGAUGGGUUCGUUUGUCUGUCAACCCUGUGGACCCCAAUGGUCCACCAAAAGUCACUCCUGUAUCUCGUGCUGAAUUUAUGUUGGUGUUGCAGAACAUCCGAAGCUUCCAGCUCCAAGCAUCGUACGACCGUAAUACUAAAGAUUUUAUACUGUACGCUGUUUCCAUGGGAAUGGCCAUUAAUUCUAAUACCGGUCAAGGGCGUGCAUACCUAGUGGAGGAUUGCCAGUGUCCCCGUGGUUACAUGGGAUUGUCUUGCGAGCGGUGCGGUCCAGGUUAUUACCGAGAUGCAUCAGGUAAUCAAUACCUAGGAUUGUGCACUGAGUGCAGAAACAGAUGUAACGGUAAUUCAAACGAUUGUCAUCCAGAAACUGGUGCUUGUAGAGUAAGUG